CUGUUGAGGAAGGGACGUUGUUACAUGGACACCCUUCACUAUUUUUGCUAUUUAUAGCCUCUAGAGUCGUUAUUUGUGUGAUUAUCUGGUAGUUUUGUGGUCGCCAUGCAUGUGACUAGGAAAAGAAAAAAGGCAUUUGAAAAGGAUGAUAGCCAUACGACUGGAAAACCUCAGGAGACAGAGGCUUCACCAAGGUACCACUGGAAGCUCUAGUGGCGCGGCUGAGGAUUCCGGCUGUGAUGGCGCUACACCUUCCACCUCCACUAAUUCCUCCAACACAACUAAUUCCUCCAACAAUGCUAAUUCCUCCAGCAGCAUCAAUGAAACGGGGAAGAAGAGGAAAGAUCUUGAAUCUCCGUCAUCAAUUAAGUUACCAGAUAAAAGAAAGAGGACGACAUUAGUGCCUUAUGCGCCGCCCGAAUUUAAAAAACCCACCAGACGGAACUCAAAAUCAAAAAUCGACAGACAGCAGAUAAUACGAGCUUCAGAUAAGCCUGGAGAAAAUGAGACAUCAGUCAUGAUGAUGUAUUCGAAUUUAUUACAGAUAGUCAAAGAUAAUUGUUAUAAAUGUGGAUUACAUGAUGUAUCUCCAGAAUUUGUAACUCGUGGACAGGAAUUUUUUGUAACUGUAACUUGUAAUAAAUGUAAUAUUGUAAUUCGAAAGCCAACUCAUAAACUAGGUGAAAUAAAUAGACAGACCUGUUUAAAUAUUUAUGCUGAAUUAUUAAAUGGUGGGGGAUAUCAAGGGUUUGCAAAGCACAAUGCCUUUAUGUUAAGGGAGAACCUUGAUCCAAGGACAUUUAGGAAGUUCACAAGAUUUAUUACUGAGAGAGCUGUUGCAGAAUGUGGGAAAAUACUACAAGAAAGUCGUGAGAAUGUAAUUACUGAGUAUACCAAAAAUGGUAUAUUACCUGGGGAUAAUGGGAUACUUGAUGUUAAUGUAACAUGUAAUGUAACCUGGCAAAGUCGUGGCUUCCACUCAAAAAUGGGAUUAUUUGUAGUAACUGAAGCAGAUACUGGUCUUAUUCUUGACUAUCAUAUAUUAACAAAAUAUUGCAACCGUUGUUCAAGCUUAUAUACCUUGUACAAUGGUAAGAAAAUAACAGCAGCCUUUUUCUUAUUGCAACGUGCCAAGCACGAGCCAUUUUGUAAGGUCAAUGAGCAGGUCAAUUCAGGGGUCAUGGAGGCCAAGACUGGUCAAUUAAUAUGGGGUCGAUCAAUGACCUAUAAAAUGCGGUAUGUGAAUAUUAUAAAUGAAGUUGAUAUGGCCAUUUACUCAGGACUAAUUAAUAUGAACAAUGGCCGGGGACCAUAUAAUGAUCUUCAGGUGAAUAAAAUUGACUGGGUGAAUCAUUACUCAAAAAGACUGAAAAGUCGUCUAACAAAAUUAAUUGAAGACAACCACAUUAUCCGGGAAAUAAAUAAUGAAAAAACUAAACUAUUCCUAAUGAAAGGGAAAGGAAGGCUGUCAGAUGCUAUUGUUAACAAAUUAUCUUGCUAUUUUGGUCAAAUAAUAGAGGAAUCAACUGGAACUAGCAUAGAAACAAUGAGAAAUACCAUCAUAGCAAGCUAUUUGCACUGUACAUCAUCAGACACAAAACCAAAUCAUAAUUUAUGUCCUACUUCAAAAACCUCCUGGUGUUUCUACAAUAAAUCCAUCGCAAAUAAUGUAGAAAUACCCUCACACAGCACUAUGAAGAUUUUUAUCCAUUUAAAACCUGUCCACCAUGAACAAGUGUUAAGAAUUUACAAAGAUUUGACUGAGGAUGAUAUUAUACAACGUUGUUCAGGACGUACCAAAAAUAACAACGAAACUUUCCACCAGAGAGUAUGGAUCAAUUAUCUCAAGUCACAAUAUAGAACCAAGAGGACCCUAGACUUAGCAGUUGCACAAGCAAUUGCAGACUCCAACUAUGCAUAUUGCAGGAGCUGCAAUGAUAAGACACUCGGUUUUCAUCGCAAAAUACACACACAUCUAUUUCUCAAAAAACAGAAUGAUGUGAAAGACUAUCAAAGAUCAAGGGUCUGUGAUCGCUGUGCUAUGAGAUACGUCAACAAGUCCUUCUGUGCUGUCAUGUGUUAUUCAUGCCUUAAGGAAGAAAGAAUUACCUCGUCUCAUUUAGAUAACAAAUGCUUCUCUUGUGGGCUAAUCUACUGUCUAGAUGGAGAAAGUGAAUGUCCAGGAUGCUGUUUCAGUCCUGUCAAAGAGUUUGUGUGUUACAAAUGUGAACUGGUGACGGAUAAUCUUGCAUUACACAAGUGUAGAAUCGGCGAAGAAAAAGAAGAACAGUUGCCGUGUGAUUUUGAAGGUGGCACUGCUAUUAUUGGUCCAGUUGAAGACGCAGCUGCAACUGACUCUACUUCCAACAUCAAUGUUUGGACUGGCUUACAGUGCUAUAAUAGCAACACUGAUUGCGAUGAUGAUAUUGAAAACCUGGAUAUAAGGAAGGAAGAUGAUAAUUAUUCUCAUCUUUCUCACUCUCCUGGGGUACAAUGUGAUAUUUGGAAAGAAGAAUUCUACGACGAACAAGAAAUUACAGAAAAUGUAGAUACGAGCUUGUAUAAUUUGGAACGUCAAAUUGUGUUAACUAAUUCUCAUGAAGAUAAUAAAGGAAGGUCAACAAAAAGUGGUGAAGUGAUGAUAGUUGAGCAGUUAUCAUGUGAUGAGGAACUUUCCAAUCCAGUUGAAGAGGAACUUUCCAGUCCAGUUAAAGCAGAACUUUCCAGUCCAGUAAAAGUGGAAUUUGAUACAUUUCUGCAGGACACUGCUCCCACCAUCACUGUUUGGACUGGCUUACAGUGCAGCAGUAGUGAUGACAACUGAUGGUGAUGUUUGGACUGGCUUACAGUGCAGCAGUAGUGAUGACAACUGAUGGUGAUGUUGGAAAAGUGAAAAUUACAGGAGAAAGCAGACAAUUACCCACUCUCUCUCCCUUUCCUGAGGCAGAAUGUGAGUUUAUAAGAAGAAAUUAAAAAAAAAUGUCUAUGGGUUGGAACAAAUUAAAACACAAACCUGUUUUUCCAAAUUCUCACGAAUGUUAAGAAAAGUCAGCCAAUAAAGUGGAUAACGCAGUUUUCCCUGCAAAAUCCCUGCUCCAGGCACCACAAGUCAUCAAACAACACAUCAAAUUCCUUGCAGUCUCCAAGUGGGGCUGAGAUUUUCUAUCGCCCUGUAGUUUGGCCCAUGUAUGAACCAGGUCAUGAGUGGGUCCCAACUUCUACAUCAUUCUACAUCUGACUCUUAGCUCUACAAUGCCUCUCAGGAGUUGCAAAAUAUUUAUUUUACUCUGCAAAGGGUACUCGGAUAUAUGGUAAUCCUCAAGUUGGUCUCAGUAACUGUGAACCUUUGAACAAGUCAUGGUGGAUAUUAACAAGCAGAUGAGAGAGGAUACAGGUGCUCCUCAACUUACAAUGGUUUAACUUAGGGUAUUUCAACUUUACGAUGGUGCGAAAGCAAUAACUUUGGAGACGGAACUUAAGAUAAUUUCCCAGUAUGAAGGCGGCAAGUCCCUAACUUGUAUUCAUUUACAUGUAUUUACUUUUCAAAACUGGUAUUUAGUUGCAGUAAUUAUUUAUUUACUUAUUCAUUGACAGUAGUUAUUUAGUUGAUUACUUAGCAUAUAUUCAUAUUAAACUUCCAAUGGGUUCAUUGGAGCAUAACCCCUUUGUAAGUUGAAGAACACCUGUAUUUUUUUUUUCAACACAGGUAAGGUGACCUAAAUAAGAAGUACUUUCACCAUCACUCACUCCAUGUCUUGCCAGAGGCAUACUGGUACUUCAGUUCUAAACUGCAAAUAUCAAUGCCCCUCCUUCAGAGUGCCAGCACUGUACUUCCCACCUCCGGGACUCGAGUCUGGCUUGCUAGUUUCCCUGAAUCCCUUCAUAAAUGUUACAAUUAUUAUCAGAUCAUUAAUUUCUAAAGAGUAAAAAUUCUGUUUCAUACAUUUUUUUUUGUAAAUGGUAUUAAUAAAGAAGGUAAGUAUUCUCUAUGAUAUAGUAAGAGUCAUCAUUACAAUAUUAGCCCUUAAACUGUCCAAACGUAGAUCUACGUUCAUGUGUGUAGCGCUCUGACCUUUAUUUUCUCCAUUUGAAAGCAUGUAAAAAAAAAACAGAUCUACAUUCGGAGCUCUACGUAGCUGAACGUAGAUCUACAUUAGGACAGUUUAUGGGUUAAGAGAGACCUCUGAGCAUAUGCUGCCUGUCGCUUGUUCAACCCUCUUUCCUGUUUCCUUUACUCCUAAAUCAAUUGAUGAGCUAGGAUGUCUAGAAGCAUACGUAUAUUUUGUAUUUUCCAUCACAUAAGGUGUCUUUUUUUUCUCCACAAAAAGUCUUGAAAAAUCAGCCUACACCUUGUAUGCUCAAGGUCAGAGUCAAGGGCAGGUUUUGGGUUACGCUUUAGCGUAAAGUAAGAGGGUAAUUAGCCCUUGAUAUUAUGAUUUACCAUUAUGAUACUUCUGUC